AUGGGGAAUGUCCAUGCCUGUCAGUGCCCACGCUGGCAUCGGCUGGCACUGAAACUCAGCUGUGCUGGACUGAUCCUUCUUGUCGUGAUUCUGACUGGACUCGGUAUUUCAAUGGGAUUCUUAGUGAAAAAAGCACCAAUAGAAAAAUGUGGCGUGGCUGCUCAAGAGAUCAUGGCUCAACCAACAGGGAGAUCAGCCAUACCAACCUGCCUGAAAGAUUGGCAGCCAUACUGGGAUAAAUGCUUAUUUAUUUCUCAAAUUUCCAGACCUUGGUCUGAAGGUCUAUCUGACUGCUCUGUGAGAGGAGGCACUUUGCUGCUCAUUGAAGAUCAAGAAGAAUUGAGAUACUUCCAGAAUUUCUCAAAGAUAGAAGGACAUCAGUUUUUUAUUGGACUAAAAUAUAUUCAAGUGGAGCAGAUCUGGAAGUGGACAAAUGGUUCUACUUUAAAUCCUAAUCUGUAA